CGGCUUUAUCCAAUGGUAAUGUGUGUUAUUAGGAUGUCCUGGUGUAGUAAUGCGCAUGCGCAAAAUCUCCUGCGUUUACGAACAAGGCGCAAACGUGUGAGGCAAUGCAAUGGAUUCUUCUCAAAAAGACAUUCAGCCUCCCAAACAGCAGCCUAUGAUCUACAUUUGUGGCGAGUGCCAUACAGAAAAUGAGAUAAAGGCGAGAGACCCCAUCAGAUGCAGAGAAUGCGGAUACAGAAUCAUGUACAAGAAAAGAACCAAGAGAUUGGUCGUGUUUGAUGCCAGAUGAGCUCCCAGUGAAUGUUAUUUUUGUUAGAAUUGGCUUUUUUAAGUGUUAAGUGUAAAUACAUGUAUACAAUUGAAUUCAGUACAGAAGAGUUCAAUACAAUUUGCUAUAAAAUACUUCUGUAAAUGUG